GAUAAACACUAAAUGAAAGGGAUAAACAUUAAAUGAAUCUGCAUUAUAUUUGGAAAAUAUUUGUACAACAGAAUAGGCUAUUUAUGCGCUUGAAGAAACAAAAAACUAUGUAUAUACAGUUUCAGAGUAUUUUACUUUUGAAUUAUAGGAGAAAACAAGAAGAAAACCUAGCAAGUUAACAUGAAGAGAAGACAUGAAGCAUGUGCUGUGGGAAUUGACCUUGGAACAACCUUUUCAUGUGUUGCAGUAUGGCAAGAUCAAUACGGUCGAGCCGAGAUCAUUCACAAUGAUCAGGGCAACAGAACAACUCCUUCUUGUGUUGCUUUCACAAGUGAACAAAGGUUGAUUGGUGAUGCUGCAAAGAAUCAAGCUGCUGUCAACCCUCAAAACACUGUCUUUGAUGCUAAGAGGUUAAUUGGUAGGAAGUUUAGUGAUCCUAUUGUUCAAGAUGAUAUAUUGUUAUGGCCCUUCAAGGUCAGUGCCGGUGACAAUGACAAACCCGUGAUUACCGUUAAGUAUAAGGACCAGGAGAAGCAACUUUGUGCUGAAGAAGUAUCAUCUAUGGUACUCACCAAAAUGCGAGAAAUUGCGGAGGCAUAUUUAGAAUCACCGGUUAACCAUGCAGUUGUUACUGUGCCUGCUUAUUUUAAUGAUUCUCAACGAAAAGCCACUAUAGAUGCUGGUGCUAUUGCUGGUCUCAAUGUUAUGAGGGUCAUGAAUGAACCUACUGCUGCAGCUAUUGCAUAUGGCCUUGAUAAGAGGAUUGAUUGUGUUGGAAAACGAAAUAUUUUUGUCUUUGAUCUUGGUGGUGGCACUUUCGAUGUGUCUCUAUUAACGAUUAAGGAUGAUGUUUUCCAAGUUAAGGCCACAGCAGGAAACACUCACCUUGGUGGAGAGGACUUUGAUAACAAUAUGGUGAACUACUUUGUACAAGAGUUUAAGAGAAAGAACAAAGUGGACAUGAGUGGGAAUCCAAAAGCCUUGAGGAGAUUGAGAACAGCAUGUGAGAGGGCAAAAAGAUCACUUUCUUUUCUUGUUGUAGCAACCAUUGAACUAGAUUUAUUGUUUGAAGGCAUAGAUUUUUGUUUAUCGAUCACAAGGGCGAAGUUUGAGGAAAUGAACAUGGGUCUAUUCAAUGAGUGUAUAAAGACUGUUGAGAGUUGUCUUCAGGAUGCAAAGAUAGACAAGAGCCGCGUUGAUGAUGUCGUCCUUGUUGGUGGGUCUUCUAGGAUUCCCAAAGUGCAGCAGCUGUUACAGGAAUUUUUCAAUGGCAAGGAGUUGUGCAAGAGCAUUAACCCUGAUGAGGCUGUAGCUUAUGGGGCAGCUGUUCAGGCUGCUUUGUUGAGUGAUGACAUUAAAAAUGUUCCAAAGUUGGUGCUGCAGGAUGUUACGCCUUUGUCUCUCGGUAGGGAAGUAAAUGGAGAUAUGAUGGGUGUGGUGAUUCCUAGGAACACUUCCAUUCCUGUCAAGAAGACACUACGAUAUACUUCACGUAUCGAUAAUCAAACCACCGACUUGAUUAAUGUUUAUGAGGGUGAGAGAGCAAGAGCUAGUGACAAUGAUUUGAUUGGUUCUUUUCGUCUUAAAGGAAUUCCUGCAGCUCCCCGUGGAAGCCAUCUCUCGGAGGUCAGUUUUAGUAUCGAUGAAAAUGGUAUUUUGACGGUUUCUGCUAAGAAUGAUGCUUCUGGAACCUCGGCCAAUCUUACAAUAACUAAUCACACAGAAAGGUUGUCAAGUGAGCAAAUUAAAAGAUUAGUUCAAGAAGCUGAGAAUUACCAUAUGGAAGACAUGAAAUACCUAAGGAAGGCCAAAGCGAUGAAUAAAUUGGAUAAUCUUGUUUACAAAAUGAAAAAUAAUUUAAAUAAAAAGGAUAGUAAUUUGAAUCUCUCCUCUGAAGAAAUCAAGAAUAUUGAAGAUCUAAUUGCGGUGGCCACAAAUUUGCUUGAUGAGAAUAACAAGAAUGUUGAAAUAGAUGUUCUUGAGGAUUAUCUAAAGAAGCUUGAGGUCGACAAGGAUGAAACACAUGCAUCAUAGCUAGCUAAGACUAUUUAGUUUUUUUUCUAUUAUUUAUUUAAUUUUUCACAAUUAAUGGUUUUAGUUUUGUCUUGCUGUAUGCAUUAUCUAGUUAAGGUUUUAUUAAGUUUAAGGUAGACUAGACAUGCUACUUAAAAUGUUGCUAAAACCAUGAUGUUGGUACUUCUGUUUAGUAUGCAUUAUCUAGUUAUAAGGUUUGAUUAAGUU